CAAAGAUGGCGAGCGAAAAACAAAAUGAUAAUGAAAGUAGAAUUGUGUUUCUCACUUAUACAGAACUAGUGGAUUAUUCAAAUCAUUUCGCAAACAAUAUGGAAAAUGAAAAAGAUUCUAAACGACAAAGUUCGAAAGAACCUAAAGGCAAAAAGACUGACCAGGAAUAUUACGUUCCACCAUCUCGAAAAUCAGAAGCUGGAUCUCGAAGAAAUCCUUCAUGUAAAACAGAUGAAGGAUCAAGCAAAUCUAAAAGUACAAAUAGGUCUAAAGUUUCCAGAGGAAGAGGUUCUAAAAUGAAGAAGGGAGAAUCUCCUAUAGACAUUCACGAAGUUGAUGGCCGACUGCAAACUUUGACAUUUAGUAACUCGAAAUAUUCAGAAUCUAAAGAAUCUAGAAAAAGCGCUGAGUCAAAGAGAAAUAAUCCUGAUCGUGAGCACGAUCGCAGGCGAACUAAUAAGAAUAGAGGAGGAUUGUUAUCUCUUCAAAAGUCUAAUAAAUCACAAAAUUUAAGUGAAUCGCAUAGAAGAAGUUUGGAAAGGGCAAUCAGGAGUGACCCUAGUAGAGUUUUGGAUGACCCUGACUUAAUACCCGCAUCCAAAUUAAAAUCAUCUUAUGGUGGUAACUCGAUGGAAUCUAAAACACUCCCAAACUUUUAUCCGCUAUCAAUAAAGAAUGAAAAUGUAAAUGUUGAAGGAUACACAUCGUUCGAGGAUUACAUGCAGGAUAUCCUUGGUGAGGAUAUUGAAAGCUCUUGUUUCUUUUCAUUUUGGAAGGAUGAUGUAGAUACUAUAUUACAAUAUGCGUCAAAAGAGAGUCGAACUCAAGCUAGUCAAGCUGCUGUAAAAUAUACUAAAGAACUGCAAAAUUAUAGAAGUUUCAACCCUGAAAGUUUUCGUCAAACUUGGACGUUGAGAGUUCGACAAGUGACGUGUUAUGCCUUUUUAGUGGCAUGUUUUCCCAAUUAUGCAUAUACUGAGUCUAUAGAUCAAUUUCUUUUCCUUGAAGUUUUCUAUAAAAAGGUCAAAGAGAUGGAAAAAUGUGGAGCCAGAUUAGAACAUGACGUUCUGACUUUGACUGGUGUUUACACAUACAGGAAUAUUAUCACCAAAUUUAAGGAACUUUUUAAGGAAAAGCUACCGAGUUCAACCAACUUAAGUGGUCUACUGCAUCGACUUUAUAUAUCUCAAGGAGAUUUAGAGCGCUACUUGCAAACCUUUUCCAAUGCUAAAGACUUUUCUCAUGCAAUUAAGUCGUAUGAAGCUGCUUGCAGUGUUCUCAAGCAUAGUGGUAAACCUCAUCAUCAAUUAGCCGUAAUUUCCCUUCAAAAGAAUAACGAAUUGUUGACAAUGUUUUACUACAUAAGAGCUCUUGCCAUAAGACAUCCAUUCCCUACUGUCGAAGAUAAAAUAACUCAUAUGUUUCAUUCGAUAGAUGGGAAGAUGGCAGCUUUUCGCAAACUAUGGACAAGCCAAAAUAUUAAUUUAGACUCACCAGGGAAACUAAGCAAGCUAGUAACUCUGAGGAUCUUGUAUAUCUACAGCAGAAUCUAUAGUCGAACAAGCUUAGAAACGAUUCCGACUCUUCAUUCGAAGUUAAUAAGUGACAUAAAAGAUAUGUUGGCUUUCCAGAAAUUGAACGACGAUCAUUUUUUCACCAGAAUUCUGGUGAUAGAAACGUAUUUAGUCAGUUAUCUAAUGCAGAAAAAAGAUAAUCAGCAACGAGUUUCUAUGGUUUUAGCCGAAAUCUUAGACAUCCUUCAAGUUCUAUGUGAUUUUACAUCUAAAAUGCUAGAAAAAGGACCAUCCAGAGAAAGUAAAAAGGAUUAUAUCGUCAACAGACACUGCACACCCCUUCUCACAAGUAUAAAAUAUCAUUUUGAUUGGAUUAUCUCUCUGCCUGAUAUAUGGAACUCGCCUAAUUAUCAAUUAAAUCUUCAGAAGUUUUGGGCAGCUUUGGCUACGUUUUUUAAUAGUAUUGAGAAAGUGAAAACGACAUCCAUUAAAAUUUUUCAAGCAAAAUCGUCACCUGAUAAUUGUAAAGCUAUAAUUGAAAAGAGUGAGAUUUUAGAUGGAUUUUCAAUUUUUGUUCCAACACCUUUUGAUGAUUGUUUCGUUGAGGAAAAAGUUAAUGAUGAUGCUGCUUAUCUUGUUUGUCUGAUUAACUCUUUAAAACAGUAUAGUUUUUAUUUUUGUGGAUUGGAUCCUCCAGUGCUAACAUACGAUGCUGAAGGGUGUAUUGUACCCGUUCAAGUAGUUGAACCAGAAGAAGACAUAGCGGAAGAAAAUGAAGAGAGUUCAAAUGUAGAAGUUAUUGUGGAAGAGGUAGAGGAGGAAGGAUUCGAAGAUUUGGAGAGAAGAGAAAUUGCUGAAGAAAAUAUGUAUGAUGUGUCUCAGGAAAUAAGAGAACUAAGAGCAAGAAGGAGAGAAACUGCUCGACAGAUACAAUUACAAAAGAAGCUCAAGAAAGAAACGGCCGAAUUUUUCGAAAGAGAAAGGGUCAAUGAUGUAAAGCUUCACGUUCAACCAAGAAUUCUGAUAUUUGACACCAACUGCUAUGUUCAUUGUCUCAAUAGAGUUAAGAAAUUUAUUGAGGAUGAAAAGAAACGCUACACUAUAGUUGUCCCACUUGUGAUAAUUCACGAAUUAACUGUCCUAUCAGCUAGGGGACCUGACAAUAAAGCUGCUAAAGGAGCCAUAAUUACUCUACAAUACUUAAAAGAGACUAUUUUCCAUAAAAACACUAGGAGUAAAUAUACGCAUGUAUAUGCUCUUACGGCUAGCGGUUCUCGUUUGGAUAGAUUGGACUUUUUGCAUGACGUAAGCAGAGAUGAGAAACAAAAUGACGAUACUAUUCUGCAAUGCUGUUUACACUACUGCUCUAAAUCUGAUGAAGUAACUGAUGAUAAACAAAAUGGACCUCGUCACAUACAUAGAAAAGUGAUACUGUUAACUGAGGAUGUUAACUUAAGGCUCAAAGCAAAAGCUCUAAAUAUACCAGCAGAGCAAAUUGCAAAAUUCCUAAAAUGAUCUCAGCUGUUACAGCAAAUUUAUGACCGUACUGUCCCAUUGUCUUAUUGAUUUAAUACAGCUUUCAUCUUGAGAAGACAUUUUUAUUUCGUUUACUAUGAAACACGUAAUAUAUGAUAAUUCCC